AUGCAUACUUGCAGCAUCCAGGUCAACAUCAGUUCCACCAGCAAUGUGCGGAGUUUCUCCAACAGCAUCAAUACGGUCGUUAAAAUCGACGUCCUCGGCCACGGCCAGCACAUCGUCUGCCAGCCUCGUGUUUAUCUCGUCUAUAUCAAAAUCGAUCACGAGGCUUUCAAGAUCGCCACCAAAGCCUGCUUCGGCGAGAUGGAUACUGAGCGAUUCACGUUCCACAUGACCUACACUGUUGCUCAGGCAAACGUCAACUAA